CACCGAAAAAGCAGUACUAUUAUUAUAUAGAAGAUUCAGGACACUUUCAAAAGUCCUAGAUGCCGCGAGGGACAGGCAAGCCAGGGAUUUCUGCUCACCAGAAUCCUAGAGAUACAAAAUCUUUAUUCUUCUCCCUUAAAAGAGCCUCUUUUUAUGACUGUGCCACCGUAUCGGAAACUGUUUUUGUGGAGUUCCCGGCAACGCGAAACAUGAAGGAUGCAUUACACGAGGAGGCGCUUCGAAGAUUUCUACAUAAACCGUAUUCCAUACUCUCGAACGGGGCAACCAUCCACGAGGAUCUAUCGACGGAUGACCGCGUGGGGGAGGUGAUUUCGGGAUCAGCCGCCCGUCCCGCGGGAUCAUUGGCAUCUGCCUCGUCAUCACCAGGUUUGGCAGCUCCGAGAGGGCGAGAGCGGGCUACGGGGGAUGGCCCCUACAUUGUAGUUCGCAUAAGCGAGAUACGAGCUUUAGCAGAAACGGUACAGCAAGCCAACGAUCGCGGAGACUUGCUUCUAGACGUCUCCUUAACGCUGGGAUUAGCUAGGGUUCAGUAUGGAAUGUUGUUUGGUGUGGCUGAGAUGUCCACGUUCGAAAAUUACCUCACCGUGCGUGUCCCUUUGAAGCGCGACCUCGACAAUACAGACAAGGUUCCGUCGCAAUGCGCGGUGAAGAAGCUUCGACGGCUAGAAAGCAGCGAUGACGAGGAAGGUGAUGCCCAUGGUGAGAGGAAGUGGCGUAAAUCUUCACACGGCUCGGGUGAUCCGGAGUGCGAUGCCACCAACCCCGAGCCUGCCACCCGUGAGGGGGAGGGGGGGUUGGGCGGUAGGCAGGAACCGUUUUGUGAAGGGAUGCCUUCGAUUGAGGUUCUUGUCCGUCGGCAAUCCGAGGAGCCGGUCGUGGCGGGGCAGGUGGUGCUGGUUGUGGUGGAGCCUGGCUGUAUUCGCUGCAUGGGGAUUCGCCCUCCACGGGCUGCGCCGGGGCCCUUCCGUCUAGUGGCUUCAAAGCUCAGCGAGGAGACAUCAGAGAGACUCGCUGAAAGUAAACGUCGUGGUAAGAAGAUGUCUUCCUCGAAAAAAGGCGAACAACACUUGCACCCGACGGGCAUGGAUGUUGUGUGUGAUAUCCCGGUCGAAACGACAAAAUAA